AUGUGGGCAAUAAGUUUUCUCUCGCUGCUGCUUGUCUCGCUUGCGAGCGAGGGUUGUCUCGGUCAAUCCACUGCCGCAAUCCGUGGCAGCGUCACCCAAGCACAGCUCGACACCUUCAAACUCUUUGCCGACUACACGGCGGCCGCCUAUUGCAACAAGUCACCCGACCGCGUGUCCCAGAAGAUUGCCUGCGGCUCCGAUGCCUGCCCCCUGAUCGAGGCCCACGAAACAACCAUUGUCGCGACUCUGGUAGACGAAGGUGAUAGGGCGGGCGGAUACAUCGCUCUGGAUAGCACGGCAAACAGGAUUGUGGUUGCCUUUCAUGGCACCAUCACUGCUGCCGGCUACAUGGCAGAUCUAAACGCGCUGCUCCAAGACGACGACCUCUGCGAUGGAUGCCGAAUCCAUGCAGGUUUCAGAUCCAUUUGGGCUGCUGUUCACGACCUCGUCAUGGACACGGUCGAGAAUCUGCACCGCGAGUAUCCCGACUAUGCCAUCGUCACAACGGGUCACAGCAUGGGUGCGGCGGUCGCCACGCUCGCCGGCGCGAACCUGCGGCAGAAGCUGCCAGACGUGGUGAUCGACGUCUACUCUCUGGGAUCCCCCCGUGUCGGCAACCGCGCGUUUGCCGAGUACGUCAGCGCACAGCCCGGCAGCGUCUUCCGCAUCACCCAUAUCAACGACCCAGUUCCCCGGCUGCCCCCCAAUCUGAUGGGCUACUACCACACCGACGUCGAGUAUUGGCUCUCGAACGGCGGCGCGCAGAAGAUCGACUACGCCCCAAAGGAUGUCAUGGUCUGCAAGGGCAUCUUCAACAGGAACUGCAACACCCAGAGCGACUUUUUCGGCUUUGGCUUCGCCGCCCACGUCAAUUACCUGACGAGGAUAGGGGCCUGCAAAGACUGA